AUGAACUCCUUCAAAAUCUUCAUAGGCUACAACAGAUUACCAAACCCUAACAACGAAAACCACCCCUCAACCACCGCCACCACCCACAAACCCCCUCCCCGUAACCCUCUCAUCGCUGCCGCGAUCUUUCUCACCCUCCUCCUAACCCUAACCCUAGCCGCCCUAAUCCUCGCUCUCAUCCACGAGUCCACCACCGAGCCACCCGAUUCCCCCGCCGAAUCCCUCACCGCUGUCUGCUCCGUCACCCCCCACCCCACCCUAUGCUUCAACACCAUCAACAACAACAACGACUCCUCCCUAGCCCUAACCGAUCCAGAACUGAUCUUCACUCUCUCUCUAAAAGCCUCGUUCAAUGAGCUCAAAAACCUCGCUUCCCUUCCGCAAACCCUGAUUUCAAAGACAAACGGUGCUCGAUCGGAGUCCGCGCUGGGGGACUGCGGGAGUCUGUUUAGUGACGCGGUGGGCCGGCUCGGGGACUCGGUGAGGGCAGUGGAGGUGGGGCCGGGGGAGAAGGUUUUGGACGAGGUGAAGAUCGGGGACCUGAACGCGUGGAUUAGCGCUGCGAUGACGUGUGAGGAGACGUGUUUGGACGGGCUGGAGGAGGUGGGGUCGACGGUGGUGGGUGAGGUGAGGGAGAGGGUGCAGAGGUCCAAGGAGUACUUGAGCAACAGCCUAGCGAUUCUCGCUAAUAUACAGACCCUGCUUCACAAGUUCCAUCUCGCAUUGCACUGA